GGAAGAUGUUUCCUUUUCCACUGGAUCUCAUAAGCUUUCUUUUCAGGAAAAUUUCUCCAGAUUUUCCCCUGAAUAUUGUGAUAUAUCAAUGAUGAUGCUGAAUUAUCAUGAUUUUUCUGAGGAGUUAAUGUGCUUUGACCAGUGGCAUGCCAUACCCCCUUCUUUUUCUCUGAACUCCCAUUCAGGGAAGCCUGUUUGAGGCUUCUCCUGAUAUAAUUCGCACAAAAAUGAAAAAUGCCUGCGUUACAAUGUUUCUUUAGAAUUGAUUCCCUCAAUCGAGAAAUUUUCCCCUAUAAUACUCGUUAGGUUAUGCUAAUCAAGAAUGGGUUUGUGUGACAAUUGUUCCUUGUUUUCAUGAGGGCUGUUUGAGCUUCUGGAUUGCGAGGCACAAAUGAAAACCUGCAAUAUGCGGCUUUCCUUUCUGUAGUCUCAUAGGAUACCCAACUUGUCUAAAUGAAUACAAUGCCACAUUUGGAUGGAAGGAAUUCCCUGGUCAUGCUAAUUAUUUACAGAUCAAAAGGACAUGUGUGUAUAUGCACAUUGCCUUGAGAAUUGUUCGUGAAAUUUGCAUUUCAUGGAUAUGGGCAGAAAUUAUUUUGCCCUUGCUGCUGCCUACACGGCGAUAAGCCUUAUUGGGCUAUCUUGGAGGGUGAAUUUGGCCUUAGAUAAGGUCAUGCUGGAUGGCUCAAUUACAGAUGAAGGGGUUCAAUCCAUUCAAGGUGCUCGUAUACUAGAGCUACUGUUGGAUUCAUGCAUCACAAUGGUACUACUGGUCAAUCUUGCUCUCAACAUAUUUGUUCUCAUUACUCUUUGUAUAAAGACUCUCUUUUUUGGACGAUUAUCUUCUCUUGAGACUCGAAAGCUAGUGGAGCGCCUGAUCAACUAUAUUGUUUACAAGGCAACUUUUCUUCCUUUGAUAGUGCAGCCAGACAUUUUUGAAGCAGCCUUAUGGUCAACUUGGUUUGCAGUACUUUGUUCCUUGAAGAUGUUUCAAGGACUGGCUAGAGACAGACUUGAGCGAUUGAAUGCCUCUCCCUCAACAACUACCUCAGCAUAUUUCCGAGUGUUUUCUGUGCUGCUCUUGGUUCUCGUCACCGACUCUUUUUGGAUAAGGCUAUGUAUGAUGAUUUAUAAAGCUUCGGCUUCCAACACAUAUUUGUUGUUACUUUUCGAACCGCUUAGCAUUGCAUUUGAGACAUUGCAGGCCAUCAUGGUUCACGGAUUUCAGCUCAUUGAUACAUGGGAUCGCCAUUCUGCAGACAACAAUGCUGAUUGCCAAGGAUCUCUUCCUUUUGACAGAGCAACAGCAGGUUCUCUAUGGGAGUGGAAAUGGAUAGCGGCGCGAAAUUUUGGCUUCUUAAUGGAUUUGUUGGCAUCAUCGAUGGCACUUGGUCAUUAUGUACAAAUUUGGUGGCUUCAUGGCCUGGCAUUUCAUCUCGUGGAUGCAGUGCUUUUCCUGAAUAUACAUGCUCUAGCAAGUGAAAUUCUCAAGAAAAUCAACGUCUUUGUCAAGUUGCGCUCUGCACUAAAUACUCUUCAAGGGGCUCUUCCAGAUGCUACUGUAGAGGAGUUGGAUGUGUAUGCUGAUGAAUGUGCCAUUUGCCGGGAGCCGAUGGCUAGAGCUAAGAAACUAUCUUGCAAUCACCUUUUUCAUCUCUCAUGCUUGAGAUCUUGGUUGGACCAAGGACAUGGUGAAGUAUAUUCAUGCCCGACAUGUCGGAGACCUCUCUUUUCAUGUGGCUCCCAAGAGAACACAAAUUUGCAGGCGGGACAAGUUUCAGAAGAUGUGCAUCUUGCUAGACAAAUGGCUUCUGGUAUGGAUCCUCAAAGAUUAUCUGGACAUCCAGAUACCGUUUUUCUGAACCAGCAACAGAAUCCCUCUGGAAGCAGUGCAUGGAGGUUAGGAGGAGUGGGGCUGGAUGGUGGUUGGGUGCAUACCUGGCCAAGGUCUGGACUGGAUGGUGCAGGGCCCUCAUCAAGCAACAUGAGACCAGUUGGGAUCGGGAAGGUCCAGAUGAUGAUGAGACACCUUGCAGCAGUGAGUGGAACUUAUGCCCAUACUGCUCUUGAAGAUGCAGCUUGGAGUCUUUGGCCACCCAUGCCUGCCACCAAUCAGGGUGGUGGGUCCCCUUCACCUGCCUCAUCUUCACUUCGAUACCAAACAAACAAUAGUGGUGGUAUACACUUCAGGAGUGUUUCCACUUCUAGUUCAAGCACAGGUGGUAAUGAUAUCUUUGCUAUGGCAGAGCGAGUGAGAGAAGUGUUGCCCAACAUUCCUAGCGACAUAAUUUUUGAGGAUUUACAGAGAACCAACUCUGUUGCCGUCACUGUGAAUAAUCUUCUACAAAUGCUCAUGAAAUACCUAGGAAAUCUGCUUUGUGUCAACCGAUUCUCAUGUAUAUAAGGAAGGCUACAUAAUUAUUUUGGGACCAGGGGUUCUUGUAAGAGAUCCAAAAGGUAUGCCACAAAAACAUGCUUUGAAUAAUUGUUCCGUGAAGAGUGGAACAAAUUAGUAUAUAUACAUGCACGCUCUUGUUUUUCCUUCU